AUGCCUUUGGACUAUGCAGGGGCUGCUCUUGGGGCAGCAUUUGGAGAGGGCUUUGCGGAUUUCCGUGUCGUAGUUAAGUAUGUGGUAGACAGAGCCCAUCUGUUCAAACCCAUUCUUAAACACCUUGAAUCCACGUUAGAUCGUCUGGCGCCAACGGUCAUCGAAAUAGGACGAUUAAGCGAACAACUUACACUCCCAGAAGUGGAAACAAAGAGCUUGAUUGAACAUAUGAAAAAGGGAGAGAACCUGGUUCGCAAGUGCUCGAAAAUUUCUUGGUGGAACUACCUUUUCAAAGUAUAUUACUCCCCAAAGCUUAAAGAGUUGGAAGACGAAAUCAUCAGGUUCUGUCAGGUUGAUUUGCAAGUACAUAAGACAAGGAAUGGGUUGAGGACUUUAGAAACGGUGAUCAGUAUUAGCAAGAGAAUGGGUUCGUUCAGGGUCGUGGAGACACCAACGGGGUCGAGCCACGGGGUUGCUGGACCCCGAGAUUUAAUAGUUGGGUUGGAUAUGCCAAUAAAGGAGUUGAAGACGCUGCUGUUGAAGAAGGAGGUGCAGCUGCUUCUAUUGACUGCUCCUGGAGGAUGUGGGAAAACCACAAUGGUGAAAAUGCUUUGUCAGGAUGAAGAAAUUAAGGGCACAUUUAAGGAAAAUAUUCUCUUCGUCACAAUUUCAAAAACUCCCAACGUGAAGCUCAUUGUACAAAGCCUAUUUAAUUAUAAGAAUUUAUGGCCUGAGUUUCAAUUUCAAAGUGAUGAAGAUGCAAUUGACAGUCUGCCGCAAUUGCUGAAUCAUAUUGGACCUGAUCCUAUAUUGUUGAUCCUGGAUGAUGUCUGGCUUGGAUCAGAAUCCCUUCCUGAGAAGUUUAAGUUCGAUAUUCCAGAUUACAAGAUUUUGGUUACAUCAAGAACUGCAUUUCCAAGAUUUGAAUUUACAUAUCACUUAAAACCACUAAAUGAUGGAGAUGCGAUGACUCUUUUUCGUCACUCAGCAUCCCUGAAUGAGGGGAGCUCUUAUAUUCCACCAGAAGAAGAUAUCAAAAAGAUAGUAAAAGGUUGUGCGGGGUUCCCACUGGUCCUCAAAGUGAUUGGUGGUUCACUGUGUAGGCAGAAGGCAGAAGUAUGGCACAGUAGACUAAUGAAUUGGUCUGAUGGUCAAUUUUUUUUCAAUUCUGAAACUGAGCUGCUUGAUAAUCUUCAAAAUAGUUUAGAAUUUCCAGAUGACAAGGUCAUCUUCAAAAACUGUUUCAUGGACCUUGGUUUAUUUCCUGAAGACCAAAGGAUCCCUGCUGCUGUCUUCAUUGAUAUGUGGGCAGAAUUAUAUGAACUAGAUGAAGAUGGCAACCAAGCCAUUGCCAAUUUGCAAGAACUCAGCAAUCGGAAUUUGGCUAGCCUUGUGAUGUCAAGGAAAGAUGCAAGUGAGGUCAAUAACUAUUACAAUGAAGACUUUGUCACACAACAUGAUAUUCUUAAAGAGCUUGCUAUGUAUCAGAGCAGCCAGGGGCUUAAAGAACAAAGGCAAAGAUUGAUUAUCAACAUAAGUAAAAACAAUCCACCGAAGUGGUGGACGGAACAAAAACAGCAACUCUUUAAUGCUCGCUUAUUAUCUAUCUCAACUGAUGAAUUCUUCUUGUCAAAUUGGUGCAACAUUCGAGCACCCAAAGUUGAGGUUCUAGUUCUAAAUUUUCAAACACAGAAUUAUACCUUACCUAAGUUUAUGGAGAAAAUGGAUGAACUCAAGGUUUUGAUAAUCGAUAAUUAUGGUUUCUUUCAUUCUGAAAUAAGCAAUUUUCAACUGCUUGGGUCUUUACCCAAUUUAAAGAGAAUUAGAUUAGAAAAGGUUUCAAUUUCUUCCCUUUGCAAGGCCUGUGUACCUUUGAAGACUUUGAAAAAAAUAUCCUUGUUUAUGUGUAAUAUUGGUAAGGCUUUUGAGAAUUGUACUAUCCAAGUUUCAGAUGCAUUGCCAAAUUUGACGGAGAUAAACAUUGAUUAUUGCAAUGAUCUGGAGGAAUUGCCUGUUGGGCUAUGUGAUAUUCUCCACCUCAAAAAACUCAGCAUCACCAAUUGUCAUAAGUUGUUUGCAUUGCCAGAAGAAAUUGGAAAGCUAGUGAAUUUAGAAGUGCUAAGGCUUAGGUCAUGUACUGAUUUGUCAAAGCUGCCAGAUUCAAUCAGAAACCUCCAUAAGUUAAGCAUUCUAGACAUAUCUGAUUGCCUAAGCAUUAUGAAGUUGCCCAAACACAUUGGUGAGAUGUCUAAUUUAAAAGAGCUCAACAUGAAAGGGUGCUUGAGAUUGCGUACUCAGUUUCCAGAAUCAAUAAUGGAUCUUAAGCAAUUAAAGCUUGUGGUAUGUGAUGAAGAGAGGGCCAAGUUAUGGGAUCCUAUCAAGGAAUUCCUCUCUGAUCUUGAAGUAUUGGUGGCUGAAAAAGAUAUCAACUUGAAUUGGCUUCCCAAAUGA